AUGGGUACAACGGCCAGCACUGCCCAGCAGAUGGUCUCAGCGGGCGCCCCCUUUGAGGGCCUUCAGGGCGGUGGCACAAUGGACGGGCGGCACUCAGUCAGCGUCCACUCCUUCCAGACCACGGGCUUGCACAACAGCAAGGCCAAGUCCAUCAUCCCCAAUAAGGUGGCACCCGUCGUGAUCACAACUGUCCCUAAGGAAGGGGCUGGCACAGUUUUUCUCUGGUUUACUCCUGGUGCCCCAGCUGUGACUCCCUACUCCGGCCCCUUCCUCUUGAGCUUCCCCUGGGGGGAUGUUACCUCCUACACGAAGCCUUCUCUGAUUUCCCCUCAGGAGUUUUCUUUCCUCUCCCUGGCACUCUGUGACACUCUUCCACUGAUCACAGGCCGCUACUUCAUGGUGCGUGACGUUGCUGACAAGAUGGAUGUGCUGGGCACCGUGGGCAGCUGUGGGGCCCCCAACUUCCGGCAGGUUCGGGGUGGGCUUCCUGUGUUUGGCAUGGGGCAGCCCAGUCUCUCGGGUUUCGGGCAGGUCCUCCAGACACUGCAGAAGGAUGGGCACAGGUACAACACCGAGGACCUGCGGGGGGAGCCCCACACCGUGGCCAUCCGGGGCGAGGAUGACAUGCAUGUGACUGAGGAGGUGUAUAAGCGGCCCCUAUUCCUGCAGCCCACCUACAGGUACCAUCGCCUACCUCUGCCAGAGCAAGGGGCCCCCCUGGAAGCCCAGUUUGAUGCCUUUGUCAGUGUCGUCCGGGAGACCCCCAGCCUGCUGCUGCUCCGUGACUCCCCUGGGCCUCCCCCCGCCCUCCUCUUCAGCUGCCAGACGGGCGUGGGCAGGACCAACCUGGGCAUGGUCCUGGGCACCCUCAUCCUGUUUCACCGCAGUGGGCCCGCCCCGCGCCCAGAGGCUGUCUCCCUGCAGACCAAACCCUUACCCAUGGAGCAGUUCCAGGUGAUCCAGAGCUUCCUCCGCACGGUGCCCCAGGGGAGGAAGAUGGUAGAGGAGGUGGACAGAGCCAUCACUGCCUGUGCAGAGUUGCAUGACCUGAAGGAAGUGGUCUUAGAAAACCAGAAGAAGCUGGAAGGCAUCCGGCCUGAGAGCCCAGCCCAGGGAAGCAGCAGCCAGCACAGUCUCCGGCAGAGGACGCUGCGGAGCCUGGAGCGAUACUUCUACCUGAUCUUAUUUAACUACUAUCUCCACGAGCAGUACCCGCUGGCCUUUGCCCUCAGUUUCAGCCGCUGGCUGUGUGCCCACCCGGAGCUGUACCGCCUGCCCCUGACGCUGAGCUCAGUGGGGCCCGUGGCCCCCGGGGAACUCAUCGCCAAGGGCUCCCUGGGGAUGGACGAUCUUGUCUCCCCGGAUGCACUCAGCACCAUCAGAGAGAUGGACGUGGCCAACUUCCGGCGGGUGCCCCGCGUGCCCAUCUAUGGCACGGCCCAGCCCAGCGCCAAGGCCCUGGGGAGCAUCCUGGCCUACCUGACUGAUGCCAAGAGGAAGCUGCGGCAGGUGGUGUGGGUCAGCCUGAGGGAGGAGGCCGUGCUGGAGUGUGAUGGGCAGACCCACAGCCUGCGGUGGCCGGGGCCCCCCAUGGCCCCUGACCAGCUGGAGAACUUGGAGACCCAGCUGAAGGACUUCGACCGCCUGCUUGAGGCCCUGCGGGCUGCCCUCACCAAGGACCCGGGCACUGGCUUCGUGUUCGGCUGCCUCAGCGGCCAGGGCCGCACCACAACUGCGAUGGUGGUGGCUCUGCUGGCCUUCUGGCACAUCCGGGGCUUUCCCGAGAUGGGUGAGGAGGAGCUCGUCAGCGUGCCUGACGCCAAGUUCACCAAGGGCGAAUUUGAGGCCAAGGCAGCCAAAGAGGAGCAGGAGGCACGGAGGCUGCAGCUGAGGAGCCUGCAGUAUCUGGAGCGCUACGUCUACUUGAUUCUCUUCAAUGCUUACCUCCAUCUGGAAAAGGCCAGCUCCUGGCAGAGGCCCUUCAGCACCUGGAUGCGGGAGGUGGCCUCAAAGGCUGGCGUCUACGAGAUCCUCAACCAGCUGGGCUUCUCCGAGCUCGAGGACACGGAGGCCCAGCCCUUCUCGAAGCUCCGCUACAGGUGGCAGGAGUGGAGCCGAAGCCCCGAGCCCCCCACUGGGGAUUCCUUGUAG